CACGUUGCAUGAAAGCCACUUGGCAGAGACUUGCAGAUACACAUGACACCGUUGCUCACCACCUUCAACAACAUAUUACAACACCGUGCUUCUAUGAUCCUCUCUAGUCGGAGGCUAUAGUUAUUGAGUUGAAUCUUCAUUAAAAGCUUUUCUCUUAGGUCAAUAUCACAAUACAAAGCUGUAGACAACACUACCAAGUUCAAGGAGAAAUGUCUGGUGUAUCUCUUGCUACAGUUCCAAGAAAUGAGCCUAGUGAUGCCACAAAUGACCCAAUGAAACCCCUGCCAGCGCGUCUCGACAAGCAGCAGCAGUCAAUGAUGGGAGGUGUAAUGGGAUCAUUGCGUGUAAUAGAACUUCAACUAGUUGCUUUCAUAAUGGUUUUCUCUGCUAGUGGCCUUGUCCCACUCUUUGAUUUAGUCUUCCCAGCCUUUGCCUCUGCUUAUCUUUUAGUACUCGCUCGAUUUGUCUUCCCUUCACAUGGGGGAACCAGAACUAGCCCCCAAGAGAUUUUUCAAGGAAGUAAACUAUUCAGGUUGUAUGUCGUUGUGGGAACCACUAUGGGGCUGUUUCUGCCGCUGGCAUAUGUGUUGGGUGGGUUCGCCAGGGGUGAUGAUCAUGCAGUUCGGUCAGCAACGCCGCACUUGUUUCUGCUCUCGUUUCAGAUACUUACCGAGAACAUAAUUAGUGGGCUGUCGUUGUUCUCUCCGCCAGUGAGAGCAUUAGUACCGAUGCUUUAUACCGUCCGGAGGAUCUUUGUUAUUCUCGACUGGAUCCAAGAUGUGUGGAUUAACAAGACUUUGCCAGCUAAUGCACAAUUCAAGGACAUUGCCUGGUUUUGGUUUGGAAGGAGUUUAGCAGCUGCCAACCUGUUAUAUUUCUCAAUCAAUCUUUUCGGGUUCUUGAUUCCGCGAUUCCUUCCUCGAGCAUUCGAGAAGUAUUUCCAGCAGAAAGAUGAAACUCAUUCAAAGAUGGCGGAGGACAAGCGUUCUUCUGCUGCUGCUAACAAAUCUCAACCAACAGAUAAGAAAGCUGAUUAGUUCCAUUUGGUGUUUAGCUCCUUUCACUUAAAUGAUCUCUGUGUUCAACAAGAACAAUGUUCUUUUGGUAUAGCGUGCAAGUACUUUUCCCCCUCGUAGCCUUUUGGAAAUCUGCAAUUUUGUGUUGAAGAUCUUGAUCCGGUGUGUUUAAUCAGUGCAUCCAUGCUAAAUGAUUUUGUUUUUA